AUGGGGUCGCGGGGCCAGGCUCGCCAGGGCCCCUGGUACGUGGGCCUCUGGGACUUCGAGGCCCGGACGGACGAGGAGCUGAGCUUCCGGGCAGGGGACCGGCUCCAGGUGACCAGGAAGGAGGAAGAGUGGUGGUGGGCGACGUUGCUGGACGCGGAGGGCGCGGUGCUGGCCGAGGGCUACGUGCCUCGCAACUACCUGGCCGAGGAGGAGACGGUGGAGUCCGAGCCGUGGUUUUUCGGCUGCAUCUCCCGCUCGGAGGCCUCGCACAGGCUGCAGGCCGGUGGCAACGGGCCGGGGGCCUUCCUGGUCCGGGUCAGCGAGAAGCCAGGCGCCGACUACGUUCUCUCCGUGCGGGACAGGCAGACCGUGCGGCACUACAAGAUCUGGAGGCGCGCGGGCCGGCUGCACCUCAGCGAGGCCGUGUCCUUCCCCAGCCUGUCCGAGCUCGUGGGCCACCACCGGACGCACAGCCUGUCACACGGCCUGCAGCUGGGCCUGCCCUGCUGGAAGCACGAGCCCGAGCCCCUGCCUCACUGUGCCGACUGGGAGAGGCCUCGGGAGGAGUUCACGCUCUGCAGGAAGCUGGGGUCCGGCUACUUCGGGGAGGUCUUCGAAGGGCUCUGGAAGGGCCAGGUCCGGGUGGCCGUUAAGGUGAUAGCGCGAGACGACCUGCUGCACCAGCACGUGUUCCAGGCGGAGGUUCAGGCCAUGAAGAAGCUGCGGCACAAGCACAUCCUGGCGCUGUACGCUGUGGCGUCCCUGGGCGACCCCGUGUACAUCAUCACGGAGCUCAUGGCCAAGGGCAGCCUGCUGGAGCUCCUGCGGGAGUCCGACGAGAGGGCCCUGCCCGUGCCGGAGCUGGCGGACAUCGCCUCGCAGGUGGCCGAGGGCAUGUGCUACCUGGAGUCGCAGAACUACAUCCACCGGGACCUGGCUGCCAGGAACAUCCUCGUGGGGGAGAACAACGUGUGCAAAGUGGGGGACUUCGGGCUGGCCAGGCUCAUCAAGGAAGACAUCUACCUAUCGCACGACCGCAACGUCCCCUACAAGUGGACCGCGCCAGAGGCCCUCGCCCAGGGGCGCUACUCUGUCAGGUCCGACGUCUGGUCCUUCGGGGUCCUCCUCCACGAGAUUUUCAGCCGGGGCCAGGUGCCCUACCCAGGCAUGUCCAACCACGAGGCCUUCCUGAGGGUGAACGCAGGCUACCGCAUGCCCUGCCCCGCCGAGUGCCCCGCCUCCACGUACAAGCUGAUGCUCUCCUGCUGGCAUUCGGACCCGGCCGAGAGGCCCUGCUUCAGAGCCCUGCAGGAGAAGCUCUCCAGCUUCACCCGCUACGAGAACCCGGUCUGA